AGUUUUACCAACGUCAUCCUAAGCACUAUUAAUUUAUCUAUGUUCAAUACUAAAUAGAAUUACCUAAAUUAUGUGACCAUCAGAGGUAUUUGUUUUCAUAAAGUUUUUUGUAUUAUUAAUUAAAGAAAUAAUAAAAUUUUGAACGUAUAGUAGGAUUGAGAUAAGUAAAUUUUUUUCUGCACAUGUUUGGUGCCAACUGUAUCAAACUCGUCCUCCAUUUUUGAUCCUUUGUUUGGUUCAAGUUGUGACGUGAGGUUUCUUAAAUUUAUUUGACGCUAUUAAAAGUAAUUUAAUUAUUAUAAUAAUAUAAAUAACGGCCGUACACAUGAAGAUGAAAUUAGUAGAUCAGGUGGUGCGGAGUUUCCGCGUAGCCAAAGUGUUUCGUGAAAAUACAGACAAAAUAAAUAGCAUCGAUUUUUCACCGACGGGAGAGACGUUGAUAUCUUGCAGCGAAGACGAUCAAAUCGUUAUUUACGAUUGCGAAAAGGGGACGCAAGUUAGAACGGUUAACAGUAAAAAAUACGGAGUAGAUUUGAUACAUUUUACACAUGCAAAAAACACUGCCAUUCACAGUUCAACUAAAAUAGAUGACACCAUUAGAUAUCUAUCUCUUCACGACAAUAAAUAUAUUAGAUAUUUUCCGGGACAUACUAAAAAAGUUGUUUCUUUGAAUUUAUCCCCCGUGGAGGAUACAUUUUUGUCUGGUUCUUUAGAUAAAACUCUAAGAUUAUGGGAUUUAAGAUCGCCGAAUUGCCAGGGACUUAUGCAUUUAUCAGGACGACCCGUAGCAGCUUAUGAUCCUGAAGGAUUGAUUUUUGCAGCCGGUGUAAAUUCAGAAAGUAUUAAACUGUACGAUUUAAGGUCUUUCGAUAAGGGACCUUUUGUAACAUUUAAAUUGACACAAGAAAAAGAAUGUGAUUGGACUGGUUUGAAAUUUUCAAGAGACGGUAAAACUAUUUUAAUCAGUACAAAUGGAUCCAUAAUAAGACUUAUUGAUGCUUUUCAUGGUACACCUUUACAAACAUUCACAGGUCACCUUAAUAAUAAAGGUAUUCCUAUUGAGGCGUCCUUUAGUCCUGAUUCUCAGUUUAUCUUUAGUGGAUCUACUGAUGGGCGAGUUCAUGUUUGGAAUGCAGAUACUGGCUAUAAGGUUUGUGUUUUGAAUGCUGAUCAUCCCGGUCCAGUUCAGUGCGUUCAGUUUAAUCCUAAAUACAUGAUGCUCGCUUCAGCUUGUACAAACAUGGCUUUUUGGCUACCUGCUAUUGAAGAUACGUAAACAAGGAACUCGUGAGUUUUUCAAGAAUUUUAUAAAUUAAUUUUUCAUCAAGUGAGAUUAGAUUUUAAAGUCAUUUUCUUGCAAAACUGUAGUGAUGUGUAACAUCCAUUAUACUUUUUUUUAUUAUUAUUUGGUAUAAGUUAAAAGAGAAUGAAAUGUAAAUAUAUGUUAGUGAGAUGAAUUAUUCGGCGGGGUAUCACCGGAUUUUAACUGGAAUUAAAUUUAAUACUGUAAUUGAUAUAUUGAAUUUUUGCUUUUCACAACAAUUGAUAGGCCCCAAAUAUUAUAUUAUUUUCAUGAAUUGCUUUUAAACCUUAACAGAACAAUGAAAAUUUAUUAACAAAACAUCGCCUUGGGACAAAAACAUUUUCAAACCCUGUCUUUUACAUAUUCCCUAAGGUUAUGGCUCACCAUCUAUUAAUUACCUACCAUAUGGUGUUUGGGCAUUGUGUUUUAUACUUGUAAACUUUUAUUCCUCACGUUCUAAAGGAAGUGUAUCGACUGGUAUACACUAGGGACUAAAUAAUAGUCAAAACAGUGGACUAUGAGCUCUAUAGAAGGUGUAGACUGUCCUAUCGGCCGUGGAUCCACUGGUACACACUUAAGAUCAAAGAAUAGUUAAAAACAGUGGACUUCACCCAAAGAAACGCGCUUUAAAGAUUGCGUUAGACUUUUUUAUUAGUCCAAAAUAGAACACUGUUGUUUCAAGGCGACUAUUUGAAUUUUACUUUUUUAAAUAAUAAAUUUUAUUGUUUUUUUUUCAAAUAAGACUUAAAUUUGGUUUUUAUUCAUUUUUUUGUAGAUAUUUCAAAGGAUUAGAUUAUUGUUUUUGACCUUUGUUCUUAUGCAGAAGGUAUUAAGAAUUUUUUUUCAACAUUUUCAGUAAUUUGUAAUUGCAUAAAUAAGCUAUUUAAUAAUUUUUUUAUUUUGGUAGAAUCGGCGUUGAAAUUGAAUUUUUUUAUGGGUAAUUUCAUCAAUUCUUUCAUUAUUCUUUUUUGGUCUUUGCCCAAUUCUGUAAAUAUUCAUUAUUUCUUUUUUCUUCAUAUUUUUUGUGUAAAUAAUUUUAAUGAUUAAAAAGUUGUAGUAUAUAAUAGAUAUUAAAUUAUUUUUCUAUGUAUUAAUAUAUUUCGGUAGUUUUUAUUUCAUGUGGUAGUGCAAUGUUGAUAGCCAAAGUGCUAUAAACAAAACAUUUUUUCAAUCCAAUAGAAAAACAUGUUAUAAACAGUUUCAUAACAUUUUAGAAAAUUUAUUAAUAUCCAGAUUUCUAAUUUAAAACUUUUUUUUGGAAUUAAUUUUGUUUUCAAAUUUAUGUCUCAUUGUGUCUCCACUUUUAUUGAUUAUAAAGUAAUUUAAACUUUUUUUCUGUUUGUUAAUAUCUACUUUUUGCAUUAAAUUUUUAUAUAGUAUUAAAUGAUUAAUUGUGAUAAUUUCAAUUGUAAUAGAUUAAUAAUUUCGAUAAAUUACAGACUGAAUAUUUGUAUAGAAUUGUGCUCGUGUGUAGGUUUUUUUAUUACUAUUACAUAACCCCCUAUAUUAUAAA